UGUUUCCUGUUGAAAAUGUCUCUGUAAUGUAGAUACAUGUGAGGGAUUUUCUCUCUAAAUCCGUCUCCUGUUCGCUAAAUCUCACUUCUCCAAAAGGAGCCUGCGCAAUGGAACAAAGUCGGAAUAUUGUGAUGUGACAUUGCUUGCAUCUUAUCCUCUUUCUCACUGUUUUUAAUGACUUCAAACAAGUUCAUUUUUGCUGGGCUUUGUCGUGCGGAGACCCGUGGGGAUGUCUAGCGGUCAUUUCUUUCAGUGGCAUUUAUGUGAUGUCUUCAAGUGUGCGAUGUGCUGUAUCUCCUGUACCCACACCCUCUCACUGCUGCUGUGCGUCCUAACCCUGACUCCCGCGGCAACAGGGGCGGGGCCCGAGACCCUGUGUGGGGCGGAGCUGGUGGACACGCUGCAGUUUGUGUGUGGAGACAGAGGCUUUUAUUUCAGUAAACCAACGGGCUAUGGCCCCAGUUCACGGCGGUCACAUAACCGUGGUAUUGUGGACGAGUGCUGCUUCCAGAGUUGCGAGCUGCGGCGGCUCGAAAUGUACUGUGCCCCUGUCAAGUCUGGCAAGGCAGCUCGCUCUGUGCGUGCACAGCGCCACACAGACAUGCCAAGAACACCUAAGGUUAGUACUGCAGUGCAAAGCGUCGACAGAGGCACAGAGCGUAGGACAGCGCAGCACCCAGACAAGACAAAAACCAAGAAGAAACCUUUAUCUGGGCAUAGUCACACAUCUUGCAAGGAGGUACAUCAGAAGAACUCAAGUCGAGGGAACACAGGGGGAAGGAACUACCGAAUGUAGAAGAAGACAGACGCUAACGGACAGGCGGACAGGGAUGAGAGAAGGGUGUGGCCUUACCUGGUGCCCCUGUGGAAUGGUUCACUGUAAAACAUCAAAAGGUGGAUAAUGGUACUAAGCUAAUGGGAAUAAGCUUUGUGUGUAAUGUCUCUAGCUGAGAGUUAAAGUACUGGGGUUAUAUGAGAGGUAUUUUGAUUAUUUUAUAAACUGCACCAUUUCAUAUUGGAAGGAAUUGUAUUCCAUGUCAAACCAAUGUAACAUACUAGUUUAGCUGCUUACACAUCAAAGAGCGUCUUCUUCUUAUACCUCCAUGUGUGAGCUGAGCUAUAG